AUGGUAGAAGCAAUGCAGUCUUAAUAUUCUGAACUUACCAAAGAGGAAGUUGAAAGCCUAGAUAUGCAGCUGAAAAUGCUAGCAUAUUAAACCCUUGAUUUAUUCGAUGAAAAGUAAAGAUUAAAAGGAACAAGCAAAGUUUAGGCUGGCCCAUCUCCUGCACCUAUUUUGCAGUCCUCUGGUCAUGGGGAAAGUACCUAUUUAGGACUUAUAAUGGAAACUUGCGUAAGUUAAUACUAGAUGGAUCUUUACGGAUAUAUUUCAAACACUAAUUACAAAUACAUUAUAAUCAAGAACGAAACUAAAACUACAUAGCUAGGUUAGAAACCUAAUGAUGAGCACAUUAAAAAUGUAUUUAUAAUCGCUUGUUGA